AAUAUCGGCGCAAAUCGAGUAAGGAACUGAGGAUUGUGUAGGCGACGACAACAUAUUCCUCUCUGUGAUCGAUGGGUUUUUUUUUGUUUUUUUUAUCUUUUCUCCAAUCGACGAACAUUGAGGGCAUGGGGAAAAGAGACUAAUCGAAUUUCGGUUCCCAUAUUUCCUAUACCCUAUACCGAUUCCACAUCUAAACCAGUUCUAAUACCCACUAAACCCGGUUUCGGUUUUUUAAACAAAUCCGGUUAAAAAACCAGGAUUAACCGGACCCGUUAGACCCAUACCCGAAAUACCCGGAUAAGAGUAAUUUUGAAACCCAAUACCCGGACCGUUUAAGCAAUUUCCGGGUAUACCGGGUUCCAGUUUCGGUCCGGUCCGGUUUUCCGGUUCUAAAUCUCAUCCCUAGUUGGAAUGGGUGGGAUAGGCAAAACCACUCUUGCCAAACUCUUAUACAACGAGGAGAAAGUGAAGGAUCACUUUGAACUCAUGGCAUGGGUUUGUGUUUUUGAAGAGUUUGAUGUAUUUAACAUUAGCAAGGCAAUCUUCCAAGUAGUAACCGGUAAAAACGAAGACUUUGCUAAUCUCAAUCUGCUUCACGUGGCCUUCAAAGAAAAACUUUCAAAGAAGAGGUUCUUACUUGUUCUAGACGAUGUGUGGAACGAAGACCACAGUAAGUGGGAACUUCUUCAAAGCCAUCUUCUUGUAGGGGCACAUGGAAGUAAAGUUAUUGUCACAACAAGGAGCACCAAGGUUGCAUUGGUGAUGGACUCGGAACUGUCUUAUGGUCUGGACGUUUUGUCAAGUGAAGAUGCACUGUCAUUAUUUGCUCAACAUGCUUUAGGUGAUAACAAAAACUUUCACAAACAUCCAACACUUAAGUUUCUUGGUGAAGGUAUUGUAAAAAAAUGUGGUAGACUACCAUUGGCUUUGAAAGCACUUGGGAGGGUUUUGAAGACUGAUAGAAAUAGUGAUGCAUGGGAGAAAUUGUUGAAGAGUGAGGUAUGGAAUAUAAAGGAUGCAAGAGGGAUUCUUCCGGCCCUUAAACUAAGCUACUAUCAUCUUCAUCCACAUUUGAAACUGUUGUUUGCAUACUCCUCCUUGUUUCCCAAGGACUAUGUAUUUGUCAAGAAUAAAUUAGUCCUUGUUUCCCAAGGACUAUGUAUUUUUGUCCCAAUCAAAGUCAAUGGAGAGUUUAGGUCAUCAGUAUUUUGA